AAGAACGCCAUACACCCACCAAAGCUCCUCAACCCGUCCAGACGCCUGUCAUCCGCAAGAUACCCCGGCGAGCCUCCCCUCUCCGCCCUUGACUUGCUCGUUGCCCUCUCCGCCGGUGCCAUUCUCAACGCCUCCCCCGUCCCCCACGUGCCCCUCCCGACACGAUAGUAUCGAGUUGAACGUCAUUUCUUCCUAAUCCGGGGCGCGACAACACAACUGCCCCACGACCUGCACCUCAAAGCCGAUCGCUUCUUUCACCUGCACAGAGCCACACAGCCGAGCCAUGGAUACCAACAUGGAGGACGUGGGAAAGCUGCCCGAUCCCAGCCAGCUCUCGUCCAUGAAGUCGGAGCCCACGACCAUCCCCACGCUGGACGGCUGGAUCGAGAGCCUGAUGAGCUGCAAACAGCUGAAGGAGGAAGAUGUCCAGAGGCUUUGUGACAAGGCCCGGGAGGUGCUUCAAGACGAGUCGAACGUCCAGCCAGUGAAAUGCCCUGUCACAGUCUGCGGUGACAUCCACGGCCAGUUCCACGAUCUGAUGGAGCUGUUCAAGAUUGGUGGUCCCAACCCCGACACCAACUACCUCUUCAUGGGUGACUACGUUGACCGUGGUUACUUCUCCGUUGAGACCGUCACUCUCCUUGUUGCCCUUAAGAUCCGCUACCCUCAACGCAUCACCAUCCUCCGCGGCAACCACGAGUCGCGCCAGAUCACCCAAGUCUACGGCUUCUACGACGAAUGCCUCCGGAAGUAUGGCAACGCGAACGUCUGGAAGUACUUCACCGACCUCUUCGACUACCUCCCCCUCACCGCCCUCAUCGACGGUCAGAUCUUCUGUCUCCACGGCGGUCUGUCUCCCAGCAUCGACACCCUCGACAACAUUCGCGCCCUCGACAGGAUACAGGAGGUGCCGCACGAGGGACCCAUGUGCGAUCUGCUCUGGUCCGACCCCGAUGACCGGUGCGGCUGGGGCAUCUCCCCCAGAGGUGCGGGUUACACCUUCGGCCAGGACAUUUCCGAGGCCUUUAACCACAACAACGGCUUGACUCUGGUCGCGAGAGCGCAUCAGCUGGUGAUGGAGGGCUACAACUGGUCUCAGGACAGGAAUGUCGUGACCAUCUUCUCAGCACCCAACUACUGCUACAGAUGCGGCAACCAGGCCGCGAUCAUGGAGAUAGACGAGCACCUCAAGUACACCUUCCUCCAAUUCGACCCAUGCCCGCGCGCCGGCGAGCCCAUGGUCUCGCGCAGGACCCCCGAUUACUUCCUUUAGCAUGCUUCUAGACAGCGAGUUGUGUGUUGGCGCAGUGUUGUGGAGGGUGGAUUCACGACAAGAAUUAUAAACUCCUUUGCAUGCAUGCAAUCAAACGUUGCGGGGUUGCGCAGGGUCUUGACACUUGGUAGACUGUACAUAUGCAUCACGGCAGCCUAUCAAAACAACGAAAGGGAACCCGGGCGGGCGGACGGAUUGACGCUGCUGCUGUCGCUGCUGCUGCUGCUGCUGCUGCUGCUGCUGCAUGCUGCAUGCUGCCGCGAGUUACUGCCGCGGUCCAGUAUGUCAGUGCGUCGGUCGGUCCGUCGGUUCGUGUGCUCGGCUUGAUGCUGAUAAUAAUCGCUUGUCUUGGUUGGGAGCUCUGAG